AUGUCCAGCUUGACAAAUGGAACGACUUCAAAUGAUGAAACGACGACUAUUUAUUUGUCUGAAACGGCGGUCGGAAUCCAAUCCACAGCAAUACUUUUACUUACGGUGGCCUCUUUGAUGUGUAAUGCCUUAGUUGGAUAUGUCCUCAUGAAAGAUCCCGAGCUACUAUCGCAUUCAUCGGCAAGAAAACUACUUGUAAACUUGACCGCGUCUAGUUUUUUACUCUCCUUGACAGUUUUUCCGUUUAUAGUCGGUUCAAGUAUAAGGCAAAAGUGGAUAUUUGGAGGCGAAUGGUGUCAAAUCAGUGGAUUUCUUACUGUAUUAUUCUCAUCUUCGUCUUUGGGUAUGGUUAUGUUUUUGAGCAUCGACCGCUAUCACUGUAUAGUAAACCCGUUAAAUUACAACUCAAGGAUGUCACCGACGCGUACAAACUUUUUCAUUGCGUGUAACUGGCUGGCAUGUUUGUUUUUAGCGUUAUUGCCUUUAGUAGGAUGGGGUAAAUAUGGAUAUCAAUCUGCCAAAGUUUCUUGCACUGUCAUAUGGAGUGACUCGAUGAGCGAAGGAUACAGCAAACUCUACUGCAUAGUGACGCUUUUUAUUCCCCUAUCGGUCAUGAUAUGGGCAUAUUACUACAUACUUAAAGCAGCAAGAAGACAGGCCAGAGUCGCAGUAAUAGCCGUGUUACCCGCAUCGGUGUCAGGGCUACGAACAGCAACCCGUACGACAAACCGACAGAACCGAAACUCUAUAACGUCAAAUGCAAGCACAUUCACGGGCUCAAAAGCGUUGCGGACUACAUUUCUAGUUCUGGGAACUGUUAUAUUUUGCUGGGGACCCUAUGCUAUUUCUAUUUUGUUAGAGUCGGAGCAAAUACCGGUACGAUAUGAAUUACAGACUACUUUUGUUAUGGUGUCGUGUUCAAGCGCUCUUCUCUAUCCUAUUAUCUACGGGUUUCACAUAAGAGUGAUCAGGCGAAGUAUCAAGCGACUCGUAGCUUCUAUCUUACUGUGCGGCAAUGUUGUUCGGCGUCCAGCGAGCAAUGCCACGUUCAUUGUCUCGCCAACGGCUUCUUUCAGAAAUAGAUCAGUCUCGGAUGGUUCUGUGAAUUCGUUUGACAUGACUUUUUCACCUCGGAGGGAAAGCGAGAGUCUUGGGUUGCCAGCUAUCAAAGAAGAGUUUGAAAUCGAGAACAAGCCCAACAGAACUAGAUCAACGGAAGUCACCGAUUUGGAGGUCUGUAACCUUCCAGGAAGUGUGGAUUGUUAAAUCGGUCAGAUUUUAAUGAAUUGUUCGGAUUUUAGGCAAAAUAAAGAGAUAUUUUAAAUGUUACAGAUUUCAAUCUCUUUAAGUCCUCAACAAUUUUUCGCAGGAAAGUUGUCAUUUCUUCAUUAAUCUCGGUAAAGUACCGGACCGUUCAGUUUACACUGUUCCAUUUUUAAAAUUCAAAAAAUUCUUGUGACUUUGUGAAGACGAGAAAGUGCGAAUGAAUAGCUUUCAUUUGUGAGGUCAAAGUUUCAAGUUACAUCUGGAGAGAUAUACAGCAACAAAAGAAGUACAACGUGUCAGUAGGUUUUUCGUUCCUUUGGAAUUUUCGCACGCAAAGUCUUCCAAUGAAAACUGAACUUUUGAGGCAUGGCGAAAUUGAUUCUGCUCAAUGACGUCUCUCGUUAACUUUGAAAAUACAUGUGUUGACCAAAAAAACUUAAAAAAUGGUAUCGUGUUUAUCACAUUAUUCUAACAGCCGCAUACCGGAAGUUGUCUGGGUGGCCUGUUCACGCCAUUUUGGCGCCUGUGCAUGUGAAAUACUUUAGUUUAGGCACGUUUCCCAGAGAUUUCGCAUCAUUUGUUUGUCAGCAAGACCACCCAAACUGACCAAACCUGAAGUAAAACGGAUUGAAGAAGGCGUGCGCACGGAUUAACUCGCUUAUUUAUAUUUCGACCGGAUCAAUCAAGUAUCAAGGUCAAAAGGAACGUCAAAACAGGCUUUUCACAUGGCAAUGUUUGAAGUGCUUGGGCCACCGAAAGUUUUUGGGGGGGACUGGUUAGUGUUUACUGCUCUCAUGUGUUUGAUUAAUUCCUAGGGACUAACGUUAGCCUGUCAUGUUCCAGGCGUUCAGAUCGUGGGGACAUGUGUUCAGAUGUGAGCAGACACAGGCUAGGCUAACCUUCAUAAAACUUGCUUAAAACAGCAAACUGGUAAAACGUAGUAAAAACGCAACCUCGUUCCCAGGGUUCUCUCCUACCCGCUCGUAGGAAGAGAACCCUGGGAACGAGGUUGGUAAAAACUCUUUGCUUGAGGUCCACGCAACGCGUAAAUAAAACUGACUGGUUUCUCUUGCCGGAUCUCUAAUUUUAAAAAGGGAUGCUGUAGCCAGACGUAAUGAAACAAAACGGAAUGCAAAGCUGGCACUACGGCAAAGGGCUGAUUUAAUAUUAUAGGCCAAUAUCUCGGCUAACAAACGAAUUAGCCUUCUUCAGUGCCAGAGCAAAACCGAGAGAAAAAAGCUGGUAUAGCUCUGGCCCUGAGGAGGGCCAAUUUCGUUGGCCGAAAUAUUGGCCUAUAGUAAAAUAGCCCUUUACCGUAGUGCCAGUCUUGCAUUUAGUUUUGGUAACAACGUAGUGUUAUAGAGCUCUCUCUUCCUCCCCUCCAGUGAGCAUGCGCUAGUCUAUAGACUCAGUCUAUAGUCAUAGGAGGUUGUACCUCUUUGCCGAGAGGCCAUGAAAGUUGCACUCGGUCAUUUUUUAAAAUCCACGUUUUGCUAAUAAUGUCAAAGGUUUAUCCCGUCGCUUUUACCACAAUUUAUCUCUUCCCGGAACUGUUUAAUGCAAAGACCAUGUAAAAAAUCACACAGAUUUUCACAACGGAUUGCGGGGGUUCUGUUUCCUUUGAUUUUGGAGGUUGAUUUUAGAUUCUUCUUGGUUUAGGUAUAGUAACUGACGCCCUCUGGUCAGGGGCACCCAAAGAGAAUAUAGUUCAAAACCACUUAAACAUAGCAUUAAUGGAAGUAUUUUAGUAUUUGAACGCUAGAUAUAGGCAUAUUUUUGUCUAGCUGAAAGUCUAGUGAUCAGAAAAUUAUAGGGAUCAAAACUUACGUUUUCGAACGUUUCAGCCAGAAAAAAGGCUCCCGAAAAUUCUAGGUGACCUUUUUGGGGUAAUAAUCCGUUUAAAAUGGGCAAUUAUUUCACAGUCUUCUAUUUUUCCGUAAGAUCAUCGAGAUCGAGAGCUUUGCGUUCUUGCACGAGUGUCAAAACUACCUAGGAGGCGGGGGCGGUUUAGGAGGAAGCGAGAAAAGUUCAGGAGGCGUGACAGGAAUUUCACGCCUCAGUACUACCAUUCAUUAAUUAAGAAACUCCACUGGUGAUGAAAAACAUGCCAGACACAUUUAGCAUCGAUUACGCGUGUUUACUUAAUAUAUCUCCUUUCGAAACAGUGAUUUUAUAAUGUUUUUUGGGCCAUUCCUCGAAAUAAAAUCGGCAAACAUGCACAAGAAAACAUUUUCCUAAUCAAAAUACCAAAAAUCCUUCGUGUGUUUGCGCAAGAUGUGCCUUAUGGUAUGAAAGCGUACGUUUAAUGGAAACGUCGACUUGUCAAUGUCGGCAACUUAAACUAAACCCGUUGUCAACGCAAAUUAACAUCUAUUGUCUAAUGACCAAUCAAACGCCUGCGUUGCUGGUACAACGCGCUCCGUGAACGCGAGCUGCAGUCAUGUUAUUACAGUCCGUCUAUUUUUCUCGCCCACCCCCCCGAGCUAUAAUCCCGGAUGCCCGCCUCCUCGGUACAUUUGAAAAUCAAGAAAGCCGUGACGGUAAGACGCGGUAUAUCUAAACGAUCUCAUGAAAAAAUAGGGGACUGUGAACAGUCUAAUUUUUUAUAUGUUCGAAAAUCCUAGGAGAGGGAGGCAAGCAAGAAAUUUUACAACAAAUGUUCCGAAAAUUCUAGUUCUCAAAUCGUCUUCGAACAGAUAUUUUCCGAAAAUUAACGUUGGGUGCCCCUGUCUGGUAAUCUGCGUGUGUAUUUUUGUAUUCCGCAUGACUGGUUGCUGCAUGCUGAGAAGCUCACUCGUCCCCAGGCCUCUGUUUUCGUUUGUAAGCGGUCCUGAAACCGUCGUAGGAGACUGUCACGGCAUCUUAGCGAAGGGGACGAUGGCAAGGAGAGAGAGAAAAGGAACUCCUUUCUUCCCAUCUCCUCACGCGCGCAUCUUCCACGCGCUUCCCUCGGGGACAAAAAGAGAUGACCUUAGGAUCCGGCACGACUGUCAACAAACAUGGCACAUAGUUUCAGAAUAAUAGUUUCAGAAAUGUACCUUACCUUUCAGAAAUGUAACUUACCUUCACCAUUACAGAAUUCCUUCAGACCCUGAUGCACCAGCUAUGUCAGUCUUCUUAA